CAGACCAGAAUAGGGUCAGCUUUUUUUUUUUAAGUUAGUCCAAACGUACAAAGGGUAGAAAUAAGUCCCCAGGAGUGUUUAACUCUAAGGUUAAUUUUUUAAGGCAGAUGAUAAAACUGGAGAAUACACCGUACCCCUGUGGAGUCAGGCAGUAUUCGUAGUUUUAUAUUAUCCUGACGGUGGCAGUCACUUGUAGAAGUGGCAGUGUGCAACAGGCCACUGACACCCAAUCCCUGGGUGGCCAGGACGGCAGGAGAGCACCCGGUCGCGGUCUCAGGCUGCUGAGCAGGCGGAGGAAGCUCGCGCCUCAAACGACUCCCAAAGCCCGGCCCGGUGCGUAGCAGGGGAGCGCCGCUCACGUUCCAGCAAACUCGCCCGGCCGCGAGCCUGCGGCCUCCGGUCCCCAGGUGGCGCUGUGGGCUCGCGGAGGAGGCCGCGGCACGAGCGAGCGUCGUCUCCCUGGUGCGCAUGCUCGGCGCCGCUGCGGGCUGGUUGUUUUUUUUGUUUGUUUUUUUUUUUUCUUUUUUUUUUUUUCUCCCGGGCGGCCCGGCGGCUGCGUACUGGCUGUGGGAUGGGAAGUGAAGCCCCAGCGAGCGGCUGCAGCGGGGCCGUGAGGAGCAGCCAGGGGGAGGCGGCGGCGGCGGCGAGUCGGUGAGCAGCUGGGAAGAGCAGAGCCGGGGCGGAGCACCUGCAGGCGCGGGCGGCGGCCCCACCAUGGCGAUUCGCAAGAAGAGCACCAAGAGCCCCCCGGUGCUGAGCCACGAAUUCGUCCUGCAGAAUCACGCGGACAUCGUCUCCUGUGUGGCGAUGGUCUUCCUGCUGGGGCUCAUGUUUGAGAUAACGGCAAAAGCUUCUAUCAUUUUCGUUACUCUUCAGUACAAUGUCACCCUCCCGGCAACAGAAGAACAAGCUACUGAAUCAGCGUCCCUUUAUUACUAUGGUAUCAAAGAUUUGGCUACAGUUUUCUUCUACAUGCUAGUGGCGAUAAUUAUUCAUGCCGUUAUUCAGGAGUAUAUGUUGGAUAAAAUUAACAGGCGAAUGCACUUCUCCAAAACGAAACACAGCAAGUUUAAUGAAUCUGGUCAGCUUAGUGCAUUCUACCUUUUUGCCUGUGUUUGGGGCAUAUUCAUUCUAAUCUCUGAAAACUACAUCUCAGACCCAACUAUCUUAUGGAGGGCUUAUCCCCAUAACCUGAUGACGUUUCAAAUGAAGUUUUUCUACAUAUCACAGCUGGCUUACUGGCUUCAUGCUUUUCCUGAACUCUACUUCCAGAAAACCAAAAAAGAGGAUAUUCCUCGUCAGCUUGUCUACAUUGGUCUUUACCUCUUCCACAUUGCUGGAGCUUACCUUUUGAACUUGAAUCAUCUAGGACUUGUUCUUCUGGUGCUACAUUAUUUUGUUGAAUUUCUGUUCCACAUUUCCCGCUUGUUUUAUUUUAGCAAUGAAAAGUAUCAGAAAGGAUUUUCUCUGUGGGCAGUUCUUUUUGUUUUUGGAAGACUUCUGACUUUAAUUCUUUCAGUACUGACUGUUGGUUUUGGCCUUGCAAGAGCAGAGAAUCAGAAGCUGGAUUUCAGUACUGGAAACUUCAAUGUGUUGGCUGUUAGAAUUGCUGUUCUGGCAUCCAUUUGCAUUACUCAAGCAUUCAUGAUGUGGAAGUUCAUUAAUUUUCAGCUUCGGAGGUGGAGGGAACAUUCUGCUUUUCAGGCAUCAGCUGUGAAGAAGAAACCAACGGUAACUAAAGGCAGAUCUUCUAAAAAAGGAACAGAAAAUGGUGUAAAUGGAACAUUAACUUCAAAUGUAGCAGACUCUCCCCGGAAUAGAAAAGAGAAAUCUUCAUAAUGAAUUAUAAACUAAUUGAUUAAUGUCCCCAAAGAAAUCUGCUUUCUACUAUAUCUUUCAGCAUUAGAGAUUUUUCUGUUCUUGAAAAUACAGUCUGUGCUCUUUGAUUUUUGCUAUUGUACUGUUUCAUGCAUUUUUUUAAUGGGCAUUUGAGGGGAGGAUUAUUGCUAUGAAUGAAAAAAAUAUUUUAGCUUAGACUAAGCUACCUGCCUUCAAAAUAGUUUAGGGACCACCAUCAUGUUUUAUUUUGUUUUUAUUUUUGAACAUUUUUCUAAUGAUUUGGAGAGAAAACUAUUUACAAAAAUUCCACAUAUCAGUGAUACAAUUUCUUGCUGUCACCAAUUUUUUAUAAUAGCAGAGUGGCCUGUUCUAAGAAGGCCAUAUUUUUUAAGUUAUCUUUCAGGGUAAAAUGGAAAUACUAUAAAGUUGGAUGUCAAACUUUAAUAUGUUUUCAGUGUUCUCUAAUUUUUAGGAAUUUUUGUAACCUUUACACCUGGAAAAAAAGAUUUGUAAAAUCACCAAAACAAUUGUGUGCUUCAUUUUAUAGGUAGUGGUUAUUAGUAUUACAUCCCUAUUUUAAAAACAAAAACAUAAUGGUUACAACAUGUGGAGUUUUAUUGACAUACAUAUUAAAUCAAAGUAUAUUCUUAAAAGUACUUGUGAAGCAAAAUCUUUCUUGUGCAUUUUCAAUACUUGUAACCUGGAAAUCAGAAAAUAUUUACUAUGAACAGGAAAAUCGGACUUAUAUAGCCCUUUUUGAUAUGUUUAUUAAUAAUGAUUCUUAAUGGGGCUCAUAAUAAGUUUAAUAUGCACAGCAUCUUAGAAAAGUUUAACCUGCACACCCUUUUAAAACAUAAUGCCUACUUGAUUUAUAUCUAUAAAAAGAAUGUCAGGUAAUUAUAUUUGGAAAACAUUUAAUGCACUAACUUUAAAGAAACUGAAAAUUCAGGUGGAUAAAUAGUCUUACAAAAGACAAUGUGCUUUAUGUUAUACCUAUAGCUUUGGUCCCAUCUUUGAUUGAGAAACAUUUAUCUGUAUAAAACAUAUUUUUGGAUAAAUAUAUAUAUAUAUAUAUUUGUAUCUCUACAGAAAGGCUCUAAAAAGCAUUUGAGGAAAAUAUUUGGUUCCCUUUUCUAUAAUUAUCCUUUAAGAUCCGUAUAGCUGCAUUUGGUUUAUUCAUUGUAUUUGCAGUAUAUAUAUUGUUCCUUUCAGUGUUCACAUCUUGUUCCCCAUUUCUCACUUGUGUCACCACCUGUUUGUGCCAUUUUUAGUGUAAAAGUUGCAGACCUAUUAGAUCUGCAGUUUAAGUUGCCAUGCUGCUAGGAAGUUGUCCUUUUUCUUUCCAGCUGUUUACCUACUUCCUGGAAAAAGUAGUAGCUCUCUGUAGCAUUAUGGAGUUUCAGUGGAACCAAAUCUUUGCCAUUAAAAACUGGCAUUAUACUGAACUAUACAUUGAGAAAUCAAUCAAAAUAAAAAUUUUUACUUUCACAAGUUG